AUGUCCACACACCAUAACCCGGGCACAUCCGACGGCUGGCACGACCGCAUCAACCCCUCGGACCCCUCAGCCCUCUACCCGCCUGAAAGCGGCCGGUACCACCUAUACAUCGGCCUCUUCUGCCCCUUCGCGCACCGCGCCAACUUCGUGCGCCACUUGAAGGGCCUCACCGAGAUAAUCGACCUCAGCGUCGUGAUGCCGUACCCAAAGGGCGACGACAAGGGGUGGCCCGGGUGGCGGUUCCCGAAAUCAAACGACGAGUACCCGGGCGCGACGGUCGAUAACCUCUUUGGCGAAGAUUAUUUGCACAAGGUGUAUUUUCGGGCGAAUCCGGGGUAUAAGGGGCGGUAUUCGGUUCCGGUGCUUUGGGAUAGGGUGCAAGGGACGAUUGUUAAUAAUGAAAGCCUCGAACUCCUCCGCUGGCUCCCAUCGGCAUUCAACGCACUCAUCCCGCCCGAAAAAGCAGCCAUAGACCUGUACCCAUCGCACCUGCACUCGAAAAUCGACACGCUCAGCGCUUGGAUCCUCCCGAACCUCUGCUCGGGCGUGUACAAAGCGGGCUUUGCUUCUUCGCAGGCAGAAUACGACAAGAACGUGAUCCCCGUCUUUGGGGCUCUGAACAAGCUUGAGAAGAUUGUCGCAGCGAAUGGAGGGCCGUUUAUCCUCGGUUCUGAGAUGACCGAGUUGGAUGUCUGUGUUUAUGCGACGCUUAUCCGGUUUGACACGGUCUAUGUUCAGCAUUUCAAGUGUAACCUGGGCACGAUCCGCCAUAAUUACCCCGUGCUGAAUAAUUGGUUGAAGGGCAUGUAUUGGGAUGUCCCUGCUGCGCGGGAGACGACGGAUUUUAGGCAUAUUAAGGAGAAUUAUACGAAGAGCCAUUACGAUAUCAACCCCAAGGCCAUUACGCCAAUUGGACCGUUUCCGGAUGUUGAGGAGGGUGUUGAGAGAGACUGGGCGAGGCUGAGGGUUGGUAGUGUACAGCAUCCAGAGGUACUCGAGUUUGAGAGCACAUUGGCUGGAAUCUAG